AUGGCGACUAGAGGGGUAUCCACUGAUGUAAGUCAACGACUGGAGAAGGCGGUCAGCGACACUUUCGGGCGUCGGCACACGCCGCCAUCGGCAGACUAUCUCACUGUAAAGGAGAUAGUCACAUUAGCGUCGACUCUCGUGAACGAUCUUGGUGUGGAUAAGAUACGUUUGACCGGUGGUGAACCGACGGUCCGAUCCGACUUCCCCCAAAUCAUACAGGGCAUAGCUGAGAGUUGCGGGGAGCGUCUCGAUCGGUUCGGUAUCACUACGAAUGGUGUGCUUCUCGAACGCUAUCUUCCCGUUAUGAAAGCUACCGGACUUUCCCAUGUAAACGUAUCUUUGGACACUCUCAUUGCUGAAAAAUUUCCGAUGAUUUCAAACCGCCCCGACACGUAUUGGAAUCGAACUCGAAAGCUCAUUGAUAGAGUUAAGGACGAUGAAGAUUUCCGCUUGAAGGUGAACUGUGUGGUGAUGCGGGGGGUUAACGAUGAUGAAAUUCUCGAUUUUGUUCAUCUUACUCGAGAUGGAAAUCUUGAAGUCCGAUUCAUUGAAUACAUGCCUUUUGCUGGCAAUAACUGGGGUUCUGGCAAGCUCCUGUUGCCCAAGGAGGAAAUAUUGAAUCGGAUCUACGACGCUUUUGGUGUUGAGAACAUCACCGUGGUAGAUGAAGUGGAUCCUCACUCGACAGUGGGGAGAGAAUACCGAGUGAAAGGCUAUAAGAGUACCUUUGGUGUCAUCAGCUCGAUGACUGAUCAGUUCUGUGGCGGCUGCAACCGUAUAAGGGUCUCCGCGGACGGCCUGCUGUAUAAUUGCUUGUUCGCUUCGGCCGACUCGGGUGUGUCCUUACGGGACGCCAUUAGGGAGGGGAGGCCACUCCGACCCCUUCUUGAGGAGUCUCUGGGACGCAAGGCUUGGGCGUUGGGCGGUCGGGCGGAUAUGUACGAGUUGGGUGAGAAAGCUAGCGAACUACGCAACAUGAUGAAGAUAGGUGGCUGA